CUAAUGCGCUUUCCACUAGUUAUUUUUAAUUUUAAUUUCAGUUUAUGAUUUAUUUCUUACGCGGUUUCAGGGGGAUAACACUUUUUCCUUUUCUUGUCUUUUUUUUUUUAACUACUGGACAUAUCAACCUCAUACACCGAAGGACGGAUCGACAGCCGUGGCAUGAUCGUGUUUUGCUCAUAGAGAAGGUGCAGCCCUCACAGCGAUGACUACAUCACUGUUGCUCCACAGGACAGUCUUGCUGACUGUAGUCUUCUGUAACUUGCCUUGCAUCGCUUCCUCCCUCAACCUGGAGGAUCCCAAUGUCUGCAGCCACUGGGAGAGUUACUCUGUGACAGUGCAGGAGUCAUAUGCCCAUUCUUUUAAUCAGAUUUAUUACACCAGCUGCACUGACAUCCUCAACUGGUUUAAGUGCACCAAACACAGGAUGAUCUAUAGAACAGCAUAUCGUAGUGGGAACAAGACCAUGUACCGGAGGAAGUCUCAGUGCUGCCCAGGCUUCUAUGAGAAAGAAGAGAUCUGUGCUCCUCAUUGUACAGAGAGCUGUAUUCAUGGCCGUUGUAUGGCACCCAACACCUGCCAGUGUGAGCCAGGCUGGGGGGGCUCCAAUUGCUCGAGUGCUUGUGACAAUGAUCACUGGGGUUCCCACUGCAGUAACAGAUGCCAGUGCCAGAAUGGAGCUCUGUGUAACCCUAUCACUGGAGCUUGUAUCUGCACUCCUGGAUACAGAGGUUGGCGCUGUGAGGUGUCAUGUGCAGUAGGCACCUAUGGGAAUGGAUGCCAGCAGAAAUGCCAAUGCCAGAAUGAUGCUGCCUGUCAUCAUGCGACCGGAGAAUGCAAGUGCCCACCGGGAUACACUGGUGCUUUGUGUGAAGAACUCUGUCCACCAGGUAAACAUGGGCAGCAAUGUGAGGAGAGAUGUCCAUGUCAGAAUGGAGGAGUGUGUCACCAUGUAACCGGAGAGUGCUCCUGUCCAGCAGGAUGGAUGGGAACAGUUUGUGGUCAGCCAUGUCCAGAAGGGAGAUUUGGAAAAAACUGUUCCCAAGAAUGUCAGUGUCACAACAAUGGCGUUUGUGUGUCAUCUACUGGACAGUGCAUCUGUAGCCCUGGAUACACAGGAGAACGGUGCCAGGAUGAGUGUCCCCUUGGUACUUAUGGUGCUGCCUGUGCAAAGACAUGUAAUUGUGAAAACAACAGCAAGUGCUACCACAGCAAUGGAAUGUGUCUUUGUGAACCAGGAUACACAGGAAAGACAUGUGAUGUCCGACUGUGUCCUGAAGGAAUCUAUGGCCUACGUUGCGAUAGGAAAUGUCCGUGCUAUGUCCAAAGCACUCGUAGCUGCCACCCGAUAUCAGGGGAGUGCACAUGUCUGCCUGGUUGGUCAGGUCUCUACUGCAAUGAGACGUGCACUCCAGGAUUUUAUGGCGAGUCCUGUCAGCAGGUGUGCCAGUGCCAGAAUGGUGCUGAUUGCCACAGUGUCACUGGAGAGUGUAUCUGUGCUCCAGGCUUCACGGGUCCCAUAUGUUCAGUGCCAUGCCCAGCAGGAACAUUUGGUGUGAACUGCUCCUCCAGCUGCAACUGUAAGAACAAAGCUAAGUGUUCCCCCAUAGAUGGAUCCUGUUCCUGUAAGCCAGGGUGGCAUGGGUUAGACUGCUCCAUCAACUGUCCCAGUGGCACCUGGGGUUUGGGAUGUGGUUCCGCAUGCAUUUGUGGGAACGGAGGAGCGUGCAACCCACUGGAUGGUCACUGUACCUGUGCUCCGGGCUGGAGAGGAGAGAGAUGUGAACUCCACUGUCAGGAUGGUACCUAUGGUCUGGAUUGUAAAGAACGCUGUGACUGCAAUCAUGCUGAUGGAUGUCACCACGCUACUGGUCACUGCCGCUGUUUGGCUGGAUGGACGGGUAUCCACUGUGACAGCGUGUGUGCAGAGGGCCACUGGGGUCCAAACUGCUCCCUCCCCUGUAACUGUAAGAAUGGAGCAUCCUGCUCUCCAGAUGAAGGAACCUGUGAGUGUGCUCCAGGAUACAGAGGCCCAACCUGUCAGAGAAUCUGCUCGCCAGGUUAUUUUGGUCACCACUGCAGUCAGACCUGUCCACAAUGUGUCCAUAGUAAUGGACCAUGUCACCACAUAACAGGACAGUGUGAAUGUCUGCCAGGCUUCAAGGGAGCACUGUGUAAUGAGGUGUGUCCCAGCGGUCGUUUUGGGAAGAAGUGUGCCCAGAGCUGCAGCUGCACAAACAAUGGAACCUGUCAUCCUAUCGAUGGCUCCUGUCAGUGUUAUCCAGGAUGGAUUGGCAGUGACUGCUCUCAAUCUUGUCCAACUGGUCACUGGGGACCCAACUGCAUCCACACAUGUAACUGCCACAAUGGAGCAUACUGCAGCGCUUAUGAUGGAGAAUGCAAGUGCAGCCCAGGAUGGACUGGCCUCUACUGCACACAGCGCUGUCCGUUGGGUUUCUUUGGGAAGGACUGCUCUCAGACUUGUCAAUGUAGGAAUGGAGCCGACUGUGACCACAUUUCUGGACAGUGCACAUGUCGAACUGGUUUCAUGGGGAAAUACUGUGAUCAAAAGUGUCCUCCUGGUUUAUAUGGUUAUGGUUGCCAUCAGGUCUGUGACUGUCUAAAUAAUUCCACUUGUGAUCACAUGACUGGUUCGUGUUACUGCAAUUCAGGUUGGAAGGGAGCUCGAUGUGACCAAGCUGGUGUGAUUGUGGUGGGCAGCCUCAACACUUUGACUAGUGCAGCGAUGCAUGUAGACUCUUACCAGAUUGGAGCCAUUGCAGGAAUCAUUAUCCUUGUGCUGCUUGUGCUCUUCCUUCUGCUCCUCUUCAUUAUCUUCAGGAAAAAGCAGAAGGGCAAAGAGCCCACCAUGCCAUCUGUGACUUACACUCCUGCUGUGAGUGUUGCUGCUGAUUACAAUAUAACAGGUGGUUAUCCAGCAACAUGUGAGCCCCAUCUAAGCAAUUAUUUCUCCAACCCUAGUUACCAUACUCUGACCCAGUGCAUCAGCCCCCAGCGUGGUCCAAAUGGAAAGGCAAAGAACAACCAGGUUUUUGUAAACGUUAAAAAUAUGGAUCAGAGAAAAUGUGCUCUUCUUGUUGAUCAUACUGGCACACUACAUGCAGAGUGGAAACACGAGGACUGCUUAAAUCAACUGGGAGCCUGUGGAGGUGAUAGAAGUUACAUGGAGAAAUCUUUAAGAGAUCUGAUGAAGGGCACACCCUAUCAUGCCAGCUCCUGUUCGCUCAGCAGCUCUGAAAACCCAUAUGCCACAAUAAAGGAUCCUCCCAUGCUGAUAACCAAAAACACAGAAUGUGGCUAUGUGGAAAUGAAAUCACCAGCUAGGCGGGAUUCACCAUAUGCUGAGAUUAGCAGCAGAAGCCCAACCAAUAACCAGAAUGUCUAUGAAAUUGAUUCAACGGUAAGCACCAUCCAGUCCACAAGAAAUGGCAGUGGCCUUGUGAAGUUCGGGCAGGAUCCAUAUGAUUUACCAAGAAACAGCCACAUCCCCUGCCACUACGAUAUCCUGCCAUCCAGAGAGAGUCCUUCCUCAGAGCUCAAGAAGCUGGACAGUGAAUAAUCACACAGAAACUCUGAACCAAGAUUAGGCCUUACAACAAGGCUGUAGCUUCAGCACUGUGUCUUCUACAAACUGGCACACUAUGUACCCAUAAAAUGCUAGUCCUUAUGUGUUAUUUUACAAUAUUAUUAUAACUAUGGAUUAUGACUACAAGUCGGAUAUAUACAAUUGUGGUCAAAAGUUUCACUCGUCAUUGUAAUUAUGGUCUUUUUAUUAUUUCUUUGAGCUGUCCUCUUUCAAGGGUAAAAUUAUCAUACAGCAUAAAUCUUUAAUGACUUUGAAAACAA